GUAACUUUUGACCAAAUCAAGCAUUUUUAACGCAUUUUUUUUUAAUUCAAGCUCUUUUUCCGUACUCUCUUCCUACCGUAAUACAUUUCCUGUUUGUGCCUUUAUCCUUUAGGUACAUGCCGUUGAACAAUGGCUAUUUUUCGACGAAUUUGAAGGGCCUACAAAACAGUGUCACGAGGCACUUUUUCGAUGUUGGAACGUGAUUUUGCAUGGUUCUAAACAUGCAGAAUAAGAAAAAAAUGUCGAGGGAGUGUGCCCCUACAUUUGUUUUUUUCGGUUUCUCCAACCAGAAAAUGGCAUUUUUCCCGUAGAAUUCUCCAUAUGUAUGUGCAUCAAAGCGAAUAGUUCCUGAACUUCAUUUGCAAGGAAAGUCAGCACCGGAAAACGUCGAAACGUUACGCUUUAAAGAUUCAAAGCUGCAUCUUGUACAAUGAACAAUUCCAUUAUGUCGGACGAUCUCAGAGUUGGUCAAACUUUCACCUCUUAUAGUGAGUUUGAAGCGUUCCAAUUCUCAUAUGAGCAAAAAGGAUACAAAUUAUCAAAAGUUCAUGGUAGUCAGACAAAGGCUGACCCUACUCUGGUAGACAACUCUUUGACCCUCCAGUGUAAUCGCUAUAUGGAACUUUUAAAUCCAGAGGUAACGCUGUUAGAAAAACUUAGAAAAAGUACAAAAUGUGGGUGCAUGUUUGAAAUCAAGAUAAAAGUAACCAAUAAUAAUAAUAAGGAGUUGAGGAUUGGUGACAAUUCUAAUUUAGAUCACAAUGAUGAGUGCAUUUCCAUAGUUCUCAAAAUGAAAAGUGCUAACACUGUAAAACCAAAAGAUUAUAAAAAUGCAAAAGAUGAUUGGAAACGCCUAGAUGAUUUGCUUAAUGAAAGCUCGUUAAAGGAUAUGUUUGAUGAUUUAGAUGAGAAGCUAACAAAUAGUGAUGAAGCAUGUGCAUUGGCAGCAAGCAGUUUUGAUACAUUUAAAAUAGAAUUGAUGAACACAGCUUUAUCAUCAACAGUUAACGUACAACAAGCAGAUUAUGAAACAAAAUCUGAUGAGAAGGAUACCGUAGAAGAUAGCAAUUGUUCAGUUAAAAAAACCAAUCUCAAUUUAAAGAAAAAAAUGCCAAUUACUGAACAAUUAGAAGUGGAAGAAGUUGAAAACUCAUUCAACGAUGAAGAUUUUGUUUUCAAUACUCAGCCCAAAACUGGAGGUAGGCCAAAGCAAGGCAAACCUCGAGCAAUUGGUUUGCCUCCUGUAUCAAAGGUACAGAUGUAUUAGAAAAAAAAACAGAGUACUUAAAGCAAGAACGUUGUUAAAAUAUCUUAUUAAUCUUGACUGGAUUGAUAAUAUCAUUGAAGGUGCUAGUUCCAUAAAACUACAAGACUGAAAACUGAUGAACGAAAAUAAUUUGAAAGAUAUUUUUAUCGAUGAUCAAGUUGAAGUUGAUGUUCUAAGAUACUAUAUGGACAACAAAGCACUAAGCUAUCUAAAAAACGUAAUUAAAAAAGGAUAAAAAUUACUUUUUGUGCAAUUUAUGCACCAACGAGGCAAUAUAUGGUAUGGUUCAAUGCAAUUCCUGUCUACAUUGGUACCACUUUUUUUGUGCCGAUGUAAAAGCUUCAGAUGUUGAAGAUGAAAAGAUACCCUGGUUUUGCGAUGAUUGUCUAAAUUAAAAUGUUGUAUCUAUAUCUACUUAUGACUAGCCAAUGUAAGUAUUUAUAUUUUCUAAAUUCACAGUAUGAAAUAUUAUUUUUUUAACUACUAUUACUAUUGUUUUUUUACUACUAUUUCUACUACUAUUGUUUUUUUAGAUUGAAAUCAGCUUGAAUAAGAAAAAAAGAAAAAGAAAACAUUUAAAAUGUUUUAAAUAUUUUUUUAAGGA